CGCCCAUAGUUUGACGGGAUUCUGUUACGCAAUUCUAUAAAAGCACGUGUUGUAGUGUUUACUGACUUAGAAAGACGUUCACAAUGCCCAAAGCCUCAAAUAAAAAGAUUGGUCAACACAGGAAGCCUGUCCAUCCAAAUAGCAGAAAGGCAUGUCAAUUACAAAGGGGAGCUCACAAGAAAGAAAAAAAUCAGAUACGUGAUGCAGAGCGAACUGUCCGUCAGAAUGUACUCUUAGAGAAGCUGCAGUGGUUUCAUGAUCAUAUGGACCAUUCUAAAACUGUGCAUAGCAGAGAAGAAGUCUGUAGACUUAUUGAGGAGUAUUUACACCGCUUUGAUGAAGAAUUGGAACAAAUUGAAAUAAUAAAUAGCAUAAAACACCGACGCGGUAGACAGCAUGCAUCCAGAGAGAAUUCUAUUAAAACAACACUUGAGUUAGAAAAGAAUCACUAUAUGACUGGUAGUGGAUUUGAGGUACCUGAUUUGUUAAAUGCCAAACACUGUAAAUUUUUCAAGGCUUGGAAUGGUGACUCUAAAUACUUGACAGCAAUUAAAUUGACAACUGUAAAACUGAAAGGAGAUCUUUCAGAGAAAGAUAAAAAUGAAGACACAUCGAUAGCUGAGGAUAAGUCUAAGGAUACAGAAGAUCUAUCCAAUAAAGAUAUACCUCAAUAAAAACCAGUUUUACUCAAAAAAAA